AUGUGUUACUACGGUGGAAAGCCCAGCAGGCGGUGGAGGAGAGCGGGUGUUAAGCGCGCCGGUACAGCGGCCCCUCUGGACUCACUAAACGGGCUGGAUCAGAGACGGGUCCUGCGGGAGUCAUUUAUCAAGUGUUUCUGCCUCUUUGUCUUUCAGUUUUUCACAAAACCGAAGCCUCCAAAAGGUUACUACAUCUUCGGUGAUGUUGGCACAGGGAAAACUAUGGUGAUGGACAUGUUUUAUUCAUAUGUUGAGACUGAAAAGAAGAAGAGGGUCCAUUUCCACGGCUUUAUGUUGGACGUUCAUAAAAGGAUCCAUCGGCUGAAACAGAGUAUGCCAAAGAGGAAAGCGGGUAAAAUGGCCAAAUCCUAUGACCCCAUUGCUCCAGUUGCUGAGGAGAUCAGUGAGGAGGCUUGUCUUCUGUGCUUUGAUGAAUUUCAGGUCACUGAUAUUGCAGAUGCCAUGAUUCUCAAGCAGCUCUUUGAGAAUCUGUUUCUGAACGGUGUUGUUGUUGUGGCCACUUCUAAUCGUCCCCCUGAAGACUUGUAUAAAAACGGGCUGCAGAGAGUCAAUUUCGUGCCUUUUAUUGCUGUGUUGCAGAAAUUUUGCCAAACUCUUCGCCUGGAUUCUGGGAUCGAUUACCGCAGGAGGAACAGACCCUCAGCUGGAAAACUCUACUUUCUCUCCAGUGAGCCUGACGUAGAAGCGACACUAGACAAGAUGUUUGAUGAGCUGGCUUUUAAGCAAAAUGACAUAACGCGACCGAGAGUUAUGAAUGUUCACAACAGGAAAGUGCGCCUGAACAAAGCAUGUGGGACCAUUGCAGACUGUACGUUUGAAGAGCUGUGUGAUAGACCUUUAGGGGCCAGUGACUACCUGGAAAUGUCCAGGCUGUUUGACACCAUCUUUAUUCGACACAUUCCUCUGCUGACGCUGAACAAGAAAACUCAAGCCAGGCGGCUCAUAACGCUGGUGGAUGCCCUCUACGACCACAAGGUGCGGGUGGUGAUUCUUGCAGAUCAUCCGCUGGAGGAUAUUUUCGUACAGGAUGGUGAUCACAGUCACGACGAGAGCCACAUUCUGAUGGACGAUCUGGGGCUGAAAAGGGAAGAAGCCAGUGGUUUGUCCAUCUUCAGCGGAGAGGAGGAAAGGUUUGCCUUCCAGAGGACAGUGUCUCGACUCACAGAGAUGCAGACAGAAGAAUAUUGGGUAGAAGGAGACAGAAGCUCAAAGUCAAAGGUGUAACAGUUAAAAACAAAAACAAAAAAACAGUCGACCAUGUUACACAACCAACAAACUCCGUAUAAACUCUAAUCCUCUCUGCCAAAAAGAGCCCAGACUGAACACUACUCCUACUCAUCUUAUCCAGCACAAACCCAAUGGGACCGCUCAACAGUGUGUGCAAGCGUUGUACAGAGAAUAUUUAUUGAAAUCUUAAAGCCUUUUAUGACUUUAUUGUGACAUUGCACUUUACGGAUCAUUUUUAAGAUAACCUUUAGGGGUGUCAUAUUGCUUUUAACUCAGGAUCAUAGUGGUCCAACUGUAUUUACUUUUAUAAACCUGUAGGAAACAGCUGGACGACUUUUGGAGACGGAUUCCCUAAAGGACUUUUCUGAAGAUUUUAAGGGACAUUUUAAUCUCUUUUGAGCUACAUAAUGUUGAUGAAAAUACAUCUCAAUGAGUUGGAUGUGAUUGUAAUGCAAGCCUAAAAUACAGUGGCAGCAGAUUGGUUCAGGGA